AUGCGUAACGGAGACUGUCAAACAAGAUGGGAUCGAGAAACCGAGGAAGUUCAAACGGAUAAAGUUGAGCAAUUGGAUGAACUGAAAACGUUGAAACCUUUGCAAGAAGAAGAUGCACGUAGUUCUCCAGAGAAAUUCUACAUUUACAAUACCGGCGAAUGA